AUGAAAUUGUCUUCAGAAAUAGAUUCCUAAUUUAAUUAAUACACAUUAUUGAAUGACAGUAAUUAGAACAGAAUUGAUCGGAGAAAAUAUAAUACUUAAUUUCUGAAUCAAUACUUUCUGGACUAAUAAUUGAUAAUAAAAUAUGAAAUGUAAAUUUUCGUAAAGACUUUGACUGGAAAAACCAUCACUCUUGAUGUUGAACCAUCAGACACUAUUGACGCUGUCAAGGCUAAAAUUUAAGACAAGGAAGGAAUCCCACCUGAUUAAUAAAAGACUCAUUUUUUGCAGGAAAAUUAUAACAUCUAAAAGGAAUCCACUCUCCACUUAGUUUUGAGAUUGAGAGGUGGAAUGUAAAUUUUCGUUAAGACUUUGACUGGAAAAACCAUCACUCUUGAUGUUGAACCAUCAGACACUAUUGACGCUGUCAAGGCUAAAAUUUAAGACAAGGAAGGAAUCCCACCUGAUUAAUAAAGACUCAUUUUUGCAGGAAAGUAAUUAGAAGAUGGAAGAACACUUUCAGAUUAUAACAUCUAAAAGGAAUCCACUCUCCACUUAGUUUUGAGAUUGAGAGGUGGAAUGUAAAUUUUCGUUAAGACUUUGACUGGAAAAACCAUCACUCUUGAUGUUGAACCAUCAUCGACACUAUUGACGCUGUCAAGGCUACAAAUUUAAGACAAGGAAGGAAUCCCACCUGAUUAAUAAAGACUCAUUUUUGCAGGAAAGUAAUUAGAAGAUGGAAGAACACUUUCAGAUUAUAACAUCUAAAAGGAAUCCACUCUCCACUUAGUUUUGAGAUUGAGAGGUGGAAUGUAAAUUUUCGUAAAGACUUUGACUGGAAAAACCAUCACUCUUGAUGUUGAACCAUCAGACACUAUUGACGCUGUCAAGGCUAAAAUUUAAGACAAGGAAGGAAUCCCACCUGGAUUAAUAAAGACUCAUUUUUGCAGGAAAGUAAUUAGAAGAUGGAAGAACACUUUCAGAUUAUAACAUCUAAAAGGAAUCCACUCUCCACUUAGUUUUGAGAUUGAGAGGUGGAAUACUUUGACUGGAAAAACCAUCACUCUUGAUGUUGAACCAUCAGACACUAUUGACGCUGUCAAGGCUAAAAUUUAAGACAAGGAAGGAAUCCCACCUGAUUAAUAAAGACUCAUUUUUGCAGGAAAGUAAUUAGAAGAUGGAAGAACACUUUCAGAUUAUAACAUCUAAAAGGAAUCCACUCUCCACUUAGUUUUGAGAUUGAGAGGUGGAAUGUAAAUUUUCGUUAAGACUUUGACUGGAAAAACCAUCACUCUUGAUGUUGAACCAUCAGACACUAUUGACGCUGUCAAGGCUAAAAUUUAAGACAAGGAAGGAAUCCCACCUGAUUAAUAAAGACUCAUUUUUGCAGGAAAGUAAUUAGAAGAUGGAAGAACACUUUCAGAUUAUAACAUCUAAAAGGAAUCCACUCUCCACUUAGUUUUGAGAUUGAGAGGUGGAAUGUAAAUUUUCGUUAAGACUUUGACUGGAAAAACCAUCACUCUUGAUGUUGAACCAUCAGACACUAUUGACGCUGUCAAGGCUAAAAUUUAAGACAAGGAAGGAAUCCCACCUGAUUAAUAAAGACUCAUUUUUGCAGGAAAAUUAUAACAUCUAAAAGGAAUCCACUCUCCACUUAGUUUUGAGAUUGAGAGGUGGCUAAGAUUGUAAAUUUUCGUUAAGACUUUGACUGGAAAAACCAUCACUCUUGAUGUUGAACCAUCAGACACUAUUGACGCUGUCAAGGCUAAAAUUUAAGACAAGGAAGGAAUCCCACCUGAUUAAUAAAGACUCAUUUUUGCAGGAAAGUAAUUAGAAGAUGGAAGAACACUUUCAGAUUAUAACAUCUAAAAGGAAUCCACUCUCCACUUAGUUUUGAGAUUAAGAGGUGGCUAAUGAUUUUCUCUCUAUAUUCAUUCACUUCAUUUUGUAUCACUCAUUAUAAACAAUAAACAAUUUUCAUUUAAA